GUCAUAAUACGUUUCCGUAAAUCAGCGUCGGAAGAAGAGAAGCAACAUGUUCUCGAGUCUCUCAAGGCGAAAGGGGCAAAGGUAGUCAAUACGGACAACGUCGAUUCACAGUUCUUUCCUUUUGUCGUCGUGACGUUGCCAGAGAAUCAAUAUGGUGCGCUUGCCCAGGACUUCUCAAGUGGCGACCACCCGGUCGUUCAACACAUC